GCUCUCGUAGUGUCUCGAGAGCUGGAAACGCACCACCCGAAUGUCAUUCUCCAAUUCGCUUUGGCCUACGCAUACGUAUUCACUUCUCCAUGGUGUCCUUCGUCAACUGCAUCGUCGCGGCCGCGGUCGCCGUCGUCUCCUUCACCAGCCCGAGCGCGGGUCUCGACGUGAACCUCCUGCCGGAAGGAACGUACUUCAAGCCUGCCGACCGCAUGGUCUCCGGCGUCGUGGGCAACACGCGGCCGUUCCGCCGCUCGCCGUGUCCUGCACUCAACACUUUGGCCAACCACGGCUACCUGCCGCGCAACGGCCAGAACGUCACCAAGGCUGUACUCGGCCCCGCCGUCAUGUCCGUCUACAACCUGGGCGAGGACGCCACCGCCACGCUACUGGCUCUAGUGCCCGAUACCUUCUCGCUCGACUACCUGUCCACACACAACAUGAUUGAGCACGACGCAUCGCUCAUCCACAACGACGUGUACUUCGGGGGCGACCCAGCCCAGGUGAACCUCACGCUGGCUGAGCAGCUACUCGAACGCGGAGCGUCGAGCGGCAAGAUCGGAGUGACGGAGCUUGGAGCUGCGCGCAAGGCGCGUCUUGCGGACAGCCUCGCCAUCAACCUGAACGUCACGUUUGGCUCCACGCAGCAAACGCUGUCGUUCCUCGAGGCGUCGAUUCUGGUCCUCGGAUUCGGCUCCAAGAACAACGAGACCGUCCCGGUCGACACGGCUCGCUCCUUUCUCGUCGACGAGAAGAUCCCGGACGGAUGGGAACGCGCCUCUAGUGCCAUCAGCGCCGCCGAGGCACGUACGACUGCCGCUAAAAUCGCUGCUGCCUCUGCUUAAAAUCUAUGUAAAUCCCCUAGCAAGCACAACCUAAACAAUAUCGAGUAAUGCA